AUGGCCGAUCUGUGUCGCAGGAUAUUCUCCUCGUGCUGCGGAAGUAAGAGCUCUCCUCUACACAGACACACCUCGCAACCCUUCGCCUGCUGCGGUGUCGGCAUCAGGCUCAGGUGCGGAUGCAAGAGAUCGUGUGCUGACAUAUCUCCCACAGGCCGCAACAAAGUAGACUACGAUAAUGUGCUCGCAGAUUCAGAAAGGGAAGCGGUCGCCGACCUGCUGAACUACCUCGAGAAUGUACUUGACUCCCACCAUCUUGAGGCCUGUCUCGAACUUCUGCAAGAUGUUCGACAGCGCCUCAACCUGUAUGCGCGUGCUGAUGGUGAUGAUCAACAGAGAGGCGAGACGGACUUCUUUUCAGGCGAACCGCUGGCGGCCCUCUCUACACUUGUGUACAGUCAGAACAUCGACCUACAACGCAGCGCCAGCUUGACCUUUGCGGAGAUUACGGAAAGAGGCAUGUGAAUCGAGGACUGGCACCCGGCGGGACGAAUCACUAACGUGGCAUAGACGUACGACCGGUCGGCAGGGCGACGCUCGAGCCCAUUCUCUUCCUACUCGAAAGCUCAGAUAUCGAAGUCCAGCGUGCUGCCUCGGCCGCACUGGGGAACCUCGCCGUAGAUGGUGCGUCUCAGCUGAUUGCUCUUUCAUGGUGCCAACGACCAACUGACAGCUCCCAGGCCAGAACAAAACCCUCAUCGUAUCGCUCGGUGGUCUCACUCCGCUUAUUAGGCAGAUGAACAGUCCGAACGUCGAGGUUCAGUGCAACGCGGUCGGAUGCAUAACCAAUCUGGCUACUCACGAAGAGAACAAGGCGAGGAUAGCCCGGUCUGGUGCGCUUGCGCCUCUUACUCGUCUCGCAAAGAGCAAGGACAUGAGGGUGCAACGGAAUGCAACUGGCGCGCUGUUGAACAUGACACACUCCGACGACAACAGACAACAGCUUGUCUCAGCCGGAGCGAUACCAGUUCUUGUCAGCUUGCUCAGCAGCCCCGACACGGACGUGCAAUAUUACUGCACAACAGCUUUGAGCAACAUUGCCGUUGACAGUACAAAUCGAAAGCGACUAGCACAGACGGAGACGAAGCUGGUGCAGAGCUUGGUACAGCUGAUGAAAGGUCAAGCGCCCAAAGUUCAAUGUCAAGCUGCACUGGCUUUGAGAAAUCUGGCUAGCGACGAGAAGUAUCAACUGGAGAUUGUACGUGCUGGAGGACUGCCGCCCUUACUGGGACUGCUACAGAGCAGCUACCUCCCACUCAUCUUGUCUGCUGUGGCCUGCAUUCGGAACAUCAGCAUUCACCCAAUGAAUGAAUCACCGAUCAUCGACGCUGGAUUUCUACGACCGCUGGUGGAACUACUUGGCUCUACAGACAACGAAGAAAUUCAAUGCCAUGCGAUCUCAACAUUACGAAACCUCGCGGCAUCAUCAGACAAGAACAAGCAAUUGGUACUCCAAGCAGGUGCCGUUCAGAAAUGCAAAGAGUUGGUCCUCGACGUACCUUUAAGCGUACAAUCCGAGAUGACGGCAGCAAUCGCAGUCCUGGCGCUCUCAGACGAUCUGAAGCCGCAAUUGCUCGACCUCGGCGUCUUCGAUGUGCUCAUUCCACUGACAGAGAGCGAGAGUAUUGAAGUUCAGGGCAACAGCGCAGCUGCACUGGGCAACCUCAGUAGCAAAGGUAAUGACCUCGUCUCGUUUUGCCUUGCUCAGUAACUAACACUUCGUAGUGGGGGAUUACUCACUCUUCCUGACUUCUUGGAAUCAACCAUCUGGGGGCAUCCAUGGAUAUUUGAAUCGCUUCUUGGCAUCGGGAGACCCUACAUUCCAACACAUCGCCAUCUGGACAUUACUGCAGCUCCUGGAGUCUGGCGAUCAAAAGCUGAUGGAAGCCAUCAACAAGUCCGAGGACGUCAUGAAGAUGGUUCGGGAAAUUAGCGAGAAGACGGUCGAGUCCGAAGAUGAAGGAGACGAGAGCGAAGACGGCGAGGGCGAAGUUGUGGCUCUUGCUAGGAGAUGCUUGGAGCUCAGCAACGGCGAUGCCCCUUCUGCGAAGACAGACAGCCAGCCGUCUUCCUACAAGACCUAG